GCGCAAGAAACCACUCCGGUCUGGUCAUUCAGUCAAACGUGCCAACUCUGACUGCUCGGACUUCACAACAAACUGAUACAUGCAGACUGUUUUCAGCAUUUUCAGGUUCAUUUAAGCAGCGUGGCGGAGAAGGGUCGCUGUGUGGAUGUGUGUGGAAACAUUGGUGCAGCAAUCCUGCUGUUUGUGAAUAAAAUCCAAACAUGGUGAGGCUGGAGCUGGAUCAGGUGGUGAUGAGGAGGAUGAAGGAGGACGACAUAGAGAUGGUCAAAGCUCUCAUUAAGGAGGGCUGCGAGGGCACAGAGAACCGUCUCAUCCUACACAUCCUCACUCGUCCACUCUGCCUCUUCGUCCUGGCUAUCUUCUCCUCAAUCUUGCGCUGCCUUGUUCAUUCCUUCAUCCUGGCCCUUGCUAUUCCUGUCUUCCUGCUAAUUAUCUUUCUCAAGAUCACCAUGCCGCGAUCUACGGGGGUUCUGGGCAGCAGCCGCCCCUACUGGGACUAUGUGGGAAGCAGCUACAGAGGGACAGAGGACGAGACGCUACAGAAUCCCUACUGUAGGAUCAGUGGCAAGACACCAGGGACUAAAAAGCCAAGGCGCAGAAUCACACCCAAAGACAAAGAUUUGUCAACAGAGAGCAUCACCCCAGAGAGAGAGCAGGAGGCAGGUCAGGUCUGGGUGGCGGACUGCGAAGGUGAGAUCAUCGGCUGCAUCUUCAAGGAAAGCCAGAAGCGAGCGGGCAUCAGGAGGAUCUGCAGGUUGGUGACGGGCUGCUGGUACCGCAGGGAGGGUCUGGGCCGGCUGCUGGUUCAGAGUCUGGAGCACAGAGAGAGGGAGGCCGGCGCACACAGGGUGUACGCUCAUGUCCCCUACCCCUCCAAGGUGGGGGAGGCCUUCUUCAGGAAGCUGGGCUUUCAGCAGUUUGGGGAGGAGACUAAUGAAGAAGAAAAUGAUGAAGAGAGUAAGCUGGAGAGUCCAGAGAGAGGAUUUCUGGGAUACCCCCUCACUAAAGUGUUUUACAAAGACCUGUGAUGAGUGAUAAUGGACUCUUGGAGGGAAACGGCUAAAGGUGAAGAAGCCAUAACAUAAAAAGUGCAAACUGUGGAUCUCUGCUGAAUGUGAAAGUUUCAUUGCUGCAGUAUGUUUGGAUAUUUGCUGAAGCUGAUAAUUUAUUGAAUAUUUAUUGAUGCCAGUAUUUAUUUACUGUAUGUGUUUCUCUUCUGUUUGUUUUAAAGCUGGGGUAGGCAGUUCGAUUUUGGCAUCACUGGGCAAAAUGUACUAAUCACUAGACUUCUGCCCCUGCUAUUGGCUCUGUUUUUAGGCUUUAAAAAUCUAGCCCAUUUUGGGAGAAUUUGGCCAAUUUGGCUGUUCUGCAAAUGCAGAUGUCCAUGCACAGCCCUUAAUCCUGCAGAGAAAGUUACCUUUUCAGCAUUGACAACAACUGCCUACACUGCAAAGCAACCAAAAAACGAAUGCAGACUUUGCAAAAAGAGAGUCUCAAAGAGAAUCUGACGAUAAACAAAAUAAAAUACAUUUAAACAUCAGCAAAGCAUUUCAGAGGAAAUGUUGGUAAUAGUUUUGCUUUUUACCAACUGGAGCUAAAGACUCAUAACUGCUGCCUCAUGCUUACAGUUAUGUAAUGAACUUUAGCGAGAGCCUCAAAGCAAAGUGAAAGUGUGUUUGCAGCUAUCGACCACCUCGCCAGGAGGAGACCAGGCAGCAGUGGACGUAGUAACACGAAUCCAGUUUGUGCAAAACGCAGCUCCGGCGUACCAGGAAGCCCAGACUAGCUGCAGGAUCAGCAAACUUUCUGUUGCUGCUUUAACACAAUUAAGCAUGGUUCUGCCACUGGCCGACAGCCUGCUGGGACCCCUGGCACAGGGGGGGUUUGCACUAGCUGAAUCUGACCGCUACAGCCGCCGAUCGGAGCUCCGUCACUUUCCUCCUGGAGAAGCAGUCCACAGCGGCGAUGAGGAGAAACUGUGGGGGUGUCAUACUAGCUAAAUUUGUCUCAUUUUUGGUCUGAUAAACCGAGCAGGAGAGCGGGGCAAGGAGGGGCUGAACCAAUGAGCUUCACUCAACUGAACAAUGGAAUUAGAUUAAAUAAAUGAAUGCAUGGAAACAUGGGGUUGCUGUUUGAAGCAUGCACAUUUGCUGGCGACAGAGGUAGCUGCAGGUAUAGCUGCAGCUUUUUUUUUUUCUGCCUAUCCUGAUUUCUGCCUACCCCUGCUUUAAGAGCACAAUUUCUCCAUCCUCUCAUAUGAUUGUUUAUUAUUUAAUAAUUCAAACAUGAAAUAAUGGAGCCACAGCCAUGC